GUUACCACCUGACUGGCCAGUGAGUGUGACGUCGGCGCUGCCAACGUGGAACGCACGUCGCACGCUGGUUCAGGAAGUAAACUGUCCGGUUCAGACUCCGGGAUACGGACACAAGUGAGCAGUAAAUACGUGUCAAAGUCACCAUUCCAACACGCCGUCCCGAGGCUCUCCGGAGGGACACCGCGGCGAUUCCUUGCCACAGAUUUCCCGCAUCUCCGGUCAGGCUGUCAGUUGUGUGCAGUGUCGGUAAGAGGAACGAGAGCUGCGAGAGCGAGCUUGCACACACGCCCACUCACCCCACACACACACACACACACACACACACACACACACACACACACACACACACACAAAAACAUAUACACACACAUAAACUUUAGAUGAUGGUGGACUCCACACUGGCUCAAGUGGGCAAGAAUCUGAGUGACGCCAUGAGGAUCCUGGAAGACGGGCAGAGAGAGCUGGAGACAGGAACAGAGAGGCGGCGUUUCAGCAGAACCAGCAUCCCCGGACCCCUGCAGGGAGAUGGUCAGGAUGUCACCACUAUACUGCACCUAGUUCACAACCUCAUUCAUGAGGAGGAAGAGAAAGAGGACAAGCCCAGCCAACAUAGGAUGCAGAAUGUGGGUGAACAGGGUCACAUGGCUUUGCUGGGUCACAGCCUGGCAGCCUACAUCUCAGUGCUGGACAGAGAGCGACUGCGGAAGCUGACCACUCGGAUCCUGUCUGACACCACAUUGUGGCUCUGCAGACUGUUCAGGUAUGAGAACGGCUCAGCUUACUUCCACGAGGACAACAGGGACGGCCUGGUCAAAGUGUGUCGGCUGGUCAUAAACGCCCGCUAUGAAGAAUAUGCAUCUGAGGGGUAUGCAGUCCUGAGCUCUAAACAGCCAGUCAUCUACCAGAGUGCGUCCAGCAGGCCGGGUCUGGGACAGCACCUGUGCAGCCAGCUCGGCCUGCCGCUCUCCAGUUUGUGUACAGUCCCAUGCAACACCAUCUUUGGAUCCCAGCACCAAAUGGAUGUCGCCCUGCUGGACAAACUAAUCAAAGAGGACGUAGAGGCUGGGAAGCUUCCUUUGCUGUUGAUUGCCAACGCAGGCACCCCUGGGGCAGGCCAUACAGACAAGUUGGGUCGUCUGAAGGACCUGUGUGAUCAGUACAGCAUGUGGCUUCAUGUGGAGGGGGUCAACCUGGCAACCCUGGUACUGGGUCAGGUCCCUUCUGCUAUCAUGGCAGCCACCAGAAGUGAUAGUAUGACACUGACACCAGGUCAGUGGCUGGGACUGCCUGCUGUAACUGCUGUCACCCUCUACAGACAUGAAGACCCAGCACUGUCUCUGGCAGCAGGUUUGACGUCCAGCCAGCCUGUGGAGAAGCUGCGAGCGCUGCCGCUCUGGCUCUCUCUGCAGUACCUCGGUCACAAUGGAAUUGUCCAGAAGAUCAGACAAGCCACAGCUCUGAGCCAGCAACUCCUGCAGAAACUGAAAUCUCUGGCCUCCAUCAAAACAUCGGAUGUGCUUGAGACAGAGAUCUCUCUCGUCGAGGCUUUGACCAUGGUGGAGGAUGAACAUAGCUCUCCUGUGGUGCUGUUCAAGUUUUCCCAGGAAAUGAGUGCUGCAUCCAGUGGGGGCUCAGUGGAGGGUUACUGUGCUGGGGAGAGAGAGGUCCUCGACGCUUUCAACAGAUGGCUGGGUGAGCAGCUGGCCCGGUUGGUUCCCUCCAGUGGAGUAGAAGUAGUGGAGCUUGAGGACGAGGGUACCUGUGUUCGCUUCAGCCCCCUCCUGACUGCCGCAGUCCUGGGGACCCAGCAGGAGGAUGUUGAGGACCUGGUGGAGAAGCUGAUGGAGCUUGUGCCUGUGAUGAGCUCCACUAUGUGCCUCAGACAGGACUUCAGAGAGGAGACCCACCGACACGCAGCCUCGCUCAGAUACAUAGAGGAGCUCAGUUGGCCUGGUCUGGGAGCUGUCCGGUAUCAGCCACAGACUGAAGGAGUGGAUGAGAACAGGAGGAAGCAGGAGCUGGAAAAAAUUAACACUGAGCUGCUGAAGAAACUGCAAGAACUUGACACUGACAUCGUCUUCUCCACUGGUCCUGAGUUUGGGACAGAGGAGGACUGUAUCUUUGUGGGUAUGGUGACUGAGGACGUUGACGUUCCAGAGCUGGUGGAUACAAUAGCUGCCCUGGGGAGGGACAUAGAGGAGAGUGGAAGGUUGUUGGAGAACAUGACGGAGGUGGUGAGGAAAGGCAUCCUGGAGGCAGAGCUACAGCUGCAAAAGGCCAAUGAGGAGAAACUCAUGGAAGAGGGGGUGCUGAGGCAGCUUCCUCUGGUUGGCUCUGUUUUAAACUGGUUCUCUCCAGUUCAAAGCUCCAUAAAGGGAAGGACCUUUAACCUGGCUGCAGGUUCCCUGGACUCCACAGAAGGGACAUAUUCCACCAAGGCCCAGACAGACAGGCCAUCCCUGCAAGACACUCCCACCUCCUCAUCAAAGAGACUGCCAGGUCAGAGGUUAUUCCGGCGUUCAGGGGCAAGCUCUGACUCCUUCAGUGAGACCAGCUCCAUCGGACAAACUGAUGAGACAGCCAGGGAGGAGAGUACCACUGUGAGCAGUAGCACCCUCCCUCCCACUUCUCCAGCUGUACCAGAGGAGGACUCGCACUCUGCAAGUGAUGUCUCAGCGGAGAAAAUGGAGGAGUCUUCUGAGCAGGUGCUCACACAGGUGGAGACUGAGGAGGCCUUAGAGGAGAGGCAACCUGAAGGCCAAGAGGUGGAGGAGAGCAGGAGAUAGGACAGCUCUCUGCACAGGUGUCCUCCAACCGUCCUCUAAAUUAUACCAGCCUAACAGAUGUUUAAGAAAAGCCGUUAUUACAUUGUGAAUCUAACUCUUCCAGUUUUGAAGGGAAAACCAAUGGAGCUACUUUGGGCUGUUUGUCUCUGUCUUAUGUUUCAGAGCAACAAGGAUGUCAAAGUUAAUGGGAAAACUCCACCCUUGAAUACACUUACAUUGUACCCAGUGUAGUACAGUGUACCCAUUCUUCUUAUUUAGUAGUGUAACGUGAUACCUUUCCUCUGCCUGUGGCUGAGAAGUGUGCUUUUCCACAUUUUUCAGAAUGCCUUUUAAUCACUCCUAAAAAGAGGACAUGAGCAUGUGUAUUGGCAUACUUGAAACGGUUAUGGGUGCAUUGCAUUAUGGUCUGUUGAGGUUACUGGCUUGGGGGGAACAGGUAUUCUCUACCUGCCUCUUCUCUGGUCAGUUGCCUCUUGUAUGAUUGUUGCCUUUAUUUUGAUGUUGUAGGUUGAUGUAGUUCUGCUGUCAAACUACUUUGUAGCUGCACUAAAAAUAUUUUGACAGUGUAAUAACAUGACUCAUGUCAUCUCUGAUUUGUCAUGUAUUCAAGAAUACACCUAACAAGAGAAUGGAGUGGAAGUGUUUUGGGUGGAUUUUUCCUUUAAAUGUAGGCUGGCGUUCAGAGUGACAUUCAGCCCAGCUUUAUGUUGGUUUUAACACUGAUCUCUCUGUCAGUUGAUGACUUUGGGUGUGCUGUUGGAUCAUAGAGCAGAUGAGUAGCCAUAUUGCACACAGGCUUUUUUUUUGUUUUUAGAUAUACAGAGAAAUAUCAUUAGAUAAUACUCCCUUCACUUGAGCACUCAACUGGAAAUAAAGCAGCUCAACAUUAAAGCAACAAGUGUUGCUGCAAUUAAAAUGUUUAGAUUCCUCACUGUAAAUAGUCUACAGUACACACUAUAUACAAUAUGUGUAACUUGCUCAACUAGUCACUAAUAAUUUAUAAAAAGAAAUCUGUAUAGGAGGAGUAGAAUAUCAUCACCUAUUUAAUUAAAAAUGGCUACUAACAAUAGCAGUCUCUUGCUGCCAAGCUUCAAACAGUCCCUUCAUGUCUGCCCCACAAUACUAUGGUGGAGAAUUAGAGUCACUGCUGGGGAAAAAAGAAAUCUUCAAUUAAAAAUAAAGGCCAAAUAUUUUGAGAUGUCAGAAUGUUAUGAAAAUGAAAUCACUAUUUUAAGGGAACAAGUCACAAAAUUACAAGAAUAAAACCAGAGUUUUCCAAUAAUAAAGUCAUACAUUGCAAAAAUAAAAAAAUAAAUUAAAAAAAAAAUAUAUAUAUAUAUAUAUAUAUAUAUAUAAUUUUUCAAGAAAAGGUCACAAUGGGACAGGACAAAACCAUAAUCUUACAAGAAGUUGAUGAUUUGAGAUUUAAAUUGUAAUUUUAUGAGGAAAAACAUUAUGAAAUUAAAAUUUUAGGAUUUUUUUAUGAAAAACAAAAAAUUCUGUUACGAAAUCAAACUCAUUUUACAUUAAUUGGUCAUAUUAUCAAAAUUAAAAUGUUAUUUUACAAAAAUUAUAACGUUAGAAUAUUAAUUUUACAAGAAAAAGUUGUGAUAAUUUGAGAUAGAGUUGUAACUUUAUGAGUAAAGUAAAUAAAUGACAGCAACAAUCUGAAUCUACAGGAUAAAACUGUAAUUUUCUGUUUAGAAUGACUUGUGUUUGGACAGCAGUCAUUCUCCUACUGAUGCACGGCUGUAUGAGUUCCAGAUGUCAUAUAACUAGUUUCAUUUCAGUGCCCUAACUAUGUGAUAAGGUGCUUCAUUCCUCAUUUUGUAAAUGUAAGUACAUAAACCAUUCUCUGUUUACUAUAGUAUUAAAGUGGAUCUCAUAACAUUUCUAGCUUAUUCUCAAUAUCAUCAUCAAAGUUUUUCUUGUCAAAUUGCGACAUUGUUCCCAUAACAUUGUGACCUUUUCUUCUAAAAUCAUGACUUGUAAUUUUGUGACUUUUCUCCUUUUCUCUGAAGAUUUUGUCAAAAUAUUAAGAUCAAAUUCAAAAUCUCAGUGGCCCUAAUACUCUGUCAUACAAUAUUAGCUCCAGCCGCUGCUUUGUAAAUCAGAAUCAGACUCCCUUUACGAUAACACACACAGUUGAGGUCAGAGUGAUAUUUAGUUUUUCAUUUUUAUGUAAGUGUAUUUUUAUUUUUGUCAGUAAUGAAACCUGAGCAAAAAGUAGCCUUGUUUGGUGUUUAUUUACUGUAUGUGGAAUAUUUUUUUUCUUUGCCAAAAACAUCCUGCCAGACCUCGGUCUCAGUACUUCCUGUUCUGGAUUACCCUUUAAAUAUUUUCAAGUGCCAUAUUAGACAGCCAAACGGGUGUGUUUUUAUUUGUUUUUGCUUUUUUGUUUUGUUUGUGUCUUUUUUUCUUGCACUUUGUCUUUUUGAGAAACUCAGUAGAUUCUGCCAGACUUUGAAAUCCACCCACCUGGCACUAACAUCCCAUCUUAUCCAUCUGAUAUCCUUUGGUUUAACUAAUCACAGGCGGCACAGGCUGAUUAUGAACGUGUUGUGUGCACUUUAUUAAUGUUCCUUAUAAAACAUUCUGUUUUACAUGACUGUAGAUUACAUUUUAGUGUGUUUAUCCCACCAUGAUAAUUUGACAGACGUUUUUAGGGGAGAUCCUAAAAACCCCUCUACUGUGGUUUUAACCUGUCCCAGAUGAAAGUCAGUCAGUCAUAAGGUGUUUAGUCCUAGAUCUCACUGUGAACUCAUCCACUAAAGACUGAUUUGAGCUUUAGAAAGACAGCCUGCUUCAAAAUCCUGACAGGAUCAGAAAUACAGGAGCAAAUUCUCACCAUGUAACUGCUUGUCAUGACUCAUGCCUACAAACCAACCAAUCAGAAUACAGUAUGACACAAAACACCAUUUAAAGUGACACUGUAACCGCCUGUAGACAUGCCCUCAGUACUGAUAUUAUGCUGUACUGUCUGACACAGGUUUUGACCAAGAUUGUACUGAACCAUCUCACACAGUGUAACAUGUAACAAACCGCUAAGAUCACUGUUAGUGCAGACUGUGUAGGGGACUUCAUGUAUCACUGACACUGUUGAACAUUUUUGGGGAAGAACAGGAAGUGGAAGUGUGUCAUGAACAUACACUUGAUAUGAGACUGAUGGGAACUUUGAAAACGUGCAAACUUCUGUAAACAACAUAAUCGAGAGCUUUUCGCCGGUGAGGGAUUUUUUAUUUUUUUUACUGCCAUUUGGAAUUGAAUGGGAGCGAAUGAGCUGAGGUGCAGCAGAAACUGUUUAGAAUUUGCCCCCACGGUGCCUGGAUGUAAAAACACAGCGUUAAAACAAACAGGAAAUGUCUAAGAAUGAAAGCCAAAACACAAAUUUGGCCGGACUUAUCCUUCAGUACUUUGAACUAGGUACUGAUGGAACACUUACUGUAAAGAGCUAUAAAAUGUGGAUUAAAUACGGUUUAAUGAGGAAUUAGCACAGUGGGACUGAUGAUUACAAAAGAAUGGAUUUAAGCUUUAUUGCACUUGUUCUGUAGAUAAUUACUACUGUAUUUAAUUUCUUAUAUGGUGUAAAUGAAGCAGAAUCUUCUUAAUGAUUAUUUUUGUCAUGGAAUUAAAAUGCAAAGCUAAAUCAAUAACUUUCUAACCGUACAAGAACAUGUUUGAUGAAGACCUUUUGAUUUGUUCUGAAAUGUCCUGGACCGUCCUGCCUCUGCCUCUGUCACUGUCUGAAUGACUGAUUGUAUUUAAUCAUCAGAGUCCUUUCUCUUGAAUGUUUUCUACAAUUAGUUUACAGUAUAGAAACACACUGACAUGUUCUGUGUAAAUUCUGUUUCUCAACAAAUUAAAUUCAAAGUUUUCAAGUCUUAAUGUAAAGCCACAGCUUUCUGUAGUUGCUAUAAUUCUAAAAACAUCAUUCCAUCUGACUUUCAGUCUUCCUCUGUACAAUUGUGAGUUGGUCAAUCAAUGCAGCUGGCAUGUUUAUGGUUCAGUUAGUCAGCAUACACACUCUUAAAUACAUCUGAUUGUAAUUGUGCUCGAGCCUCAUGUCUGACAAACACAGCAAUAAAAGAAAGCCAAAGAAAGCAACAACAAUGUCAGGCCUUAAUAACAAAAAGCACUUAUAACGACAAAAUGAUAAUUACAUUAUGGAAAAGUGCUUGUGUCUGUAUAUGUGCUUCAAGACCUUGUAACAGUGUAUUUGUAAUGGAGCUAGAAACAGACCCAAUCUCAAACUAAAUCAAGGCAUAUUCACAGCCUGCCCUCUGUAUUUGUGCAGUCUCGGGAAUUUGCAACCACAACAGAAGAUAAAACUUGAGUCAAAUCAGUACAAAUACAGAUGAUUGAAAAAUACUGACAUGAGUCACAUGGCCCAGACUCAAAGCAGAUUUGAGUCUUGAAUCUCAAGAUUUAACAGAAUCAAAACAGACCUGCAACAAGGUUUUGACCCAUAAAUUAACUUGGACCUUAGCCAUUGGACUUGAUGUCCUCCCCAAACCCAAAGAUUAAAAAUGAUGUGUUAUGGAACCUAGCAGCUCAUUUUCCUUUGAAUCAGUCUGACAGCAGCCAGGACUCACACACCAAGACACGCAUGAUCAGUUUGCUUUGAAAUAUUUUGAUGUUUGUGUGAAGCACACAAUUUAGGACGGGACCUGGUUUGGGAUUUGCUGGUCCUGACGUGUGACUUUAUAGCCAAGACUUGAGACUUAAUUUUGACUUGCAAAACUGUGACUUGUCAAUUGUCCCACUUUCUGUACUGCCAGUAACAGUUAUUUUCUCACAUACACAACAGCGAACACAGCAACACUCGCACUAUCUAUAAUUUGAAUUGAACUGUAAGGUGUUCCUGUUAUUUUGCCCACCUCUUUUAUGCACAGGGAGUGUGUCCUAGGUUGCAUCAUAUUGUAGAAGUGAGUUGCUUUUAUCUUAAAACUAAAUUAGUAACUAACAUUUUUCAUAUAAUAAUAGCCAUUCAUAAUAAAUGACCCCAUCACACUUCAUAUCCUGCUAACCUAAAAAAGCCUCAGGCACUUCCUUUUAUGAAUAAACCACUUUCUCUGGUUGAUUGGGUAAUUUAAUGGUUGGAGCACUUUAAUGCCUCAGGGCAUAUUCAAAACCACAAAAUAUUUGGAGAUGAUAGAUUCAUACCAUGUAUACCACAGCAUAUGUUCCAGUUGAUUUUAUAAGACAUGAUUAUCUCAGAGGAUUUUUUAAUGAUUCAUUUAGAGUCCCUUAGUGUAGUUUGUAUAACCAGUGGAUAGAAUGAAAAAGGGACUGACUUCAGAUAAUUAGCAGUGAUUGAAACUGGUGUGUGCAAAUCCCAACAUAUUUUUUAUUAAAUCAUGAACUCAGUAA